AUGCAUACCAUUCCGGUGGCGCCCACCUACCAAGCCCCAGAAUCGUAUCAUCCAUCGUGGGAGAUGAUGGAGACGGACACCGUGCCGUCCAUGAAGCGCACUCCGUCGGUGCAUCCACGUCGUAUCGAUGGAGUGAAUGGCCUGAGGGUGAAGGAGUUGAUGCGGCCCAACCCCUCCCAACUCUUCUUCGUCGGCUUCAUCCCGCCGACCCUCGGCGCCGUCCUCAGCAUCAUCAUCGCUCUUAUCUUUCACAACGACGAAAUCAGCAACUACAACUGGCAGUGCGGGGUAUGUUUGCAGUAGAUAUACGUUUACAGUAGUCAAAACGUAACAGUAGGCGUAAUUUUACAGUGGGUAAAAGGUUACAGUAGGCAUAGAUCUAGAGUAGUCAUAAGCUUCCAGUAGUCAUAAGUUUACAGUAAGCAUAUGUGUACAGUAGGGACAAGUUUACAGUAGAUAUAAGUUUAUAGUAAGCAUAAGUUUACAGUGGACAAAAGGUUACAGAAGGCAUAGAUUUGUAGUGAUAUACGUUGAUCAUAUUAUAUUAAUGAUAAAUAAUAUAUUAAAAAACACGAUAUAUUGUAGUAGCCUCGUUUACACUUGAACCUUUAGCGUGCCAGACUACCAUCACUGUCUCGUAUCAUCAACCUGCCUAUGGAACGUAUCUUCUGGCAGUUUACCUUCCUCUUCCACGUUCCCUUACGUCUCAUCGAACUUGGGGUCGGAUGUGAGUUUUAAUAAUCAGAUAUUACAAUAUAGAACAACUAACACACGUUGUUUACAACAUAAGCGUUAUAUAACAUACUAUAGUAUCUUUUAAAGAAAGCUGACUUUACAGUAACUAUACACUGAACUGUAAAUAUUGUAGUUUUCCGUUACGGUCGUCUCCGGUCGGUCGAUUGUUCGUACCCUCGCUUCUACACCUUCUCUCGCUACAUGUAUCUGCUCGUGGGGAUUCUGGAGCUGAUCUUCAUGGUUGCAUUGUCAGUAGUCGGGGAGAGAGAGUACAUUGGUAAGUUAUAAUAUUUUUUCUGUGAUACGAUAGUAUGUUGAAACUAGUUCUACAGUAUAAAGUGAUUUACUUCGCAUUUUACUAUAGUGUUUCGUUAGACUCAGCACUACUAUGGUAUUUAUCGUGAUUUUACAGGAUUCCACGUCAUCUUCUUCUACGCCUUUGGCUUCUCGGCCAUUGGCUUCUUCUUGGCCAACGUGAUAUGCCACAGGAGUUCGUUGUACUACCUCAAUCCUUACGUGGGUUUGAUUUAUAUUGUUAUUGAUAUAACUUGAUUUUAUUCUACCGUAACAGAGUUGUUGAUAACGUAAUGCUUAGUAUAAUAUUAUUGUAACUGUGGGCUUAGUAUUACUGUGAUUGUCAGCCUAAUAUUACUGUUACAGUAAACGUCAUACUAAAAACAACUUUACAGGGAAGGUUUUCAUACUAUGUUAAGGUGGUCAUCUUGAUAACGUACAUCAUCUCCGUACCCAUUCUUCUCGGAGCAUUCUUACUGUAUUGGAAAAAGUGCAUUACCUUCAGUAAGUUAUACCCCACAUUAACUAUAAAGGGAGCUUAUACUAGAUAUGACCCAUAAGUUGCAACCUAAGGUACUAGUAAAUUACUAUUAUAAUACAAUAAUAUACCAACAUAUACUAGUACUCCAAGAAAUCAAAAAAUUUUAAACAAUAUUGUUACAGUGUACGACAUCUUCGCCAUCACCGAGUACGUGGACGUGUUCUUGAGUAUUGCUUAUCACUGCUGUGCCUUCUUUGAUAUCCGAUACAAGGUCAUAUUCAGUGUACGAAGUGUGAAAGAGAUCAAACAGAAGUAA